AUGGGUGACUACUCGAAAGCACUUGAAUUUUACGAAAAAUCACUUAAAAUCUACGAAAAUGCUCUGCCUCCGAAUCAUCCCGAUUUGGCUACUUCAUACAACAACAUCGGUGACGUUAUCGUUCUAAUCGAUGAUACAUCAAAUCGUGUUCAUAUUGUUCUACGACCUGAUAUUAUUCCAUUGAAAAUUCUUGAUCGAAAUAUUUCUCAUCAACUGAAUAAAGAUCCAUUUUUACCAUCAAAUUCAACAAUAGAUAAUCAAGAUGAAUCUAUAUGUGAUCGUUUAGGAAAAAAUCGUAAAUUUCUUUCAUCAAAACGAAUACCAUUUCAAGAAAAACUCGAAGAAAAUAAUUCUAUAACACUUUUAAUACAAAAUGGUAUUGUUCAAAUAAAUUCUCCAUAUAAACAUGAAAACAUUUCAGGAACAAAUGAAAUUGUUCUAUCACGUAUUAAAUUAUUAUUUAAACAGAUUAUUAAUUAA